GAAUCAUCUAGUUGUAGCCUCCACAAAGAAAGAAACCCGAAUCCCUGUUUGGCCCUCAGAAAUAUGUACGUGUAAAAAUCGUCAGAUACCUAGUGAGUGUGAAAUGCCCUACGCCAUGGACCGUGCGGACACGGAGAUGAUGGAGACCGAGACCAGCGCCACGCAGCAGGAGCUGGCCUCGAACACCGGCCAAAACGACGAGGUCAGAGAGAUGCUCACGUUGGCUCGCCAAUUCAUCGACCAAGGAAAACCUUCCCAGGCCCUCCAAGCGGUUGUAGCGGCAAUGAGAACAGAAGGUGGGGAUGAGGCUGUAUUUCAGUCCCUGCAUCGGGCUCGUGAGCUUUACAGAAGCAGGCUUCAAGAAAAUGCUGCUGCUGAUCAGCUGGCUUGUUUGUUUGCUGAGUGCGCAAUUGCUGAAGCCCAGCCUUUAAAAACUAAACCAUCACUAAACAAUGAGGGUGGCCCGUCAAUUUCACCGGAUGCUCACGGGACUUCUAUACUGGCAGAAAGUGGCAGGAUGCAAGUGGUGAUGGAUGCAUUCUCAGAUGGGAGCAGCUUCAUUUGCUUGCAGUGUGGGGGUCUUGUUAGUAACCAUCGGAAAGACGAGCACUAUGCUUUCUGGUGUUGCCAAAUCUGAUGCCGAGGUAUGUGGAACGGGCUGUUUGCUCUCCCUUGAUGUGAUGCUCCUCUAUAUGCAUGAUACAGCAUGGUGACUAUACCAAUGUCCUACUAAUCUUGUACUUUGACACUGUAUUUUGCUCUUCUUAUGGUCACAUAUGCAUGCAAACGAUACAGAAUGGUAUGCAGAGGUCAUACAUCAAAUUUGUUGCCUUGUAAGAGUGGUCUAGAAUCUUGUAAUCCUCUAGUCAUUGAGUUGUGUCAUUAUAAACAAAAUUUUCAAAGGUGAUAUUUCAAGCUAGUGUAUGUAAUAUGUAUUUUAACAUUUCAAGGUUUUGGGUAAUGGCAGUGUUAUACUUGUGCC